UUGUUCAAACUGCGACCGAAGGCGGGAGAGGCUCUGUGAAAAUCGAGGAGGAAGCCACCGGUGGCCCCAGCCGCCGCCGGUGGAGUUUCGGGCGAGGCCGGAGAGAGCAAGGGUGGGGUCGUCCAAGCCCAAGCAGAGGAGGUCGCCGCCGGUGGAGCCUCGGCCGCCGCCGGAGAGCACGAGGGCGGAGCCGGUCAUGCCCAAGCCGAGCCAGCGGACCAGGAGGGGGAGGGCGGAGGGCUGCACGGAGGAGAGGCUCUCGCGGAGGCCCGCGGCCAGAAGCGUGGUCUACCGGAGGGCUUUUGAAGGUGGGGCCGGGACCGGAGGAGGCUCUGUGGAAAUUGAGGAGGCGGCGAGGGUGGGGUCGGUCAAGCCCAGACCGAGGAGAGGGGGGGCGGCGGGCAGCAUGGAGGAGAGGCUCCCGCGGAGACCCGUGGUCAGAAGCAUGCUCCACCUGAGGGCUUCUGAAGAUAUGUUGCCAGGCCGGGCUUUCUUCGCCCGUUCGUGCGGAGGAAGAGGGGUUGUUCGGCGUACCCGCUCCCCGCGAGAACAAGGGCGAGAGGGGCACGAGACCUUGGUGGCAACUGCGCCUGAACGCCAGCCGCAUAUAUUGCAGCGGGGGAAGCACGGGCGGCUGCCUAAUGUUUUUUAUGGGGCUUAGGGCCUGCCUGUGGGGGUUUGGACGGGUUUGGUGUACAUGCGCGUCUGACGAUUAAGAGGGCGCUGAACAUAUUGUUGGCUUGACACAUUUUUUGGGGCAUGUUUCGGUGUUUUUCAAGGUUGUAUAUACACGGGUGGCGCUGUUUUUUUGUGGUGCUUUAACACAUGAAUUAGGGCCUCGCUCGGGGUUUUUAAUGGGGUUUUAAAUGCGGAAGAGUACGGACAGCCUGAUACUGGAAGAAAAGCAGCGGGGCACAACUGUUGGCAGGUAUUAAUUACAUCGUGUGCAAAUUGAACUGCCAGUACCGUAGAUGAUUGUAGAGACGACACUUAAUACACAAUCCAGAUUCAUGAGCGUGACAAUCAACGACACCCCUCUCCGCGAACAAGCACUGUGCAACAAAUAAGCGCAAAAAAAAAGUUUUUCGACUUUUUUCUUGGAACAGAAAAGCGGGAGAGGUCCUGUUCACCCCCACCAGAAUCAAGCACUGUGCAGAAAAUAAGCGCAAAAUAAACGCGUUUUCGACAGUUUUCAUGAACAGAGGUCCUGUAUCAGCCACACCAGAGACCACACAUCCAUCGGCGAGGAAGGAGGUGUGUGAAGCCGUGGACAGAGAUCGUAUUUCACACAAACAGCCCUAUCUGUUUUGAGGGCUGAACGCAUUUUUUGAUAAAAUGCCCCAGGGUGAGAGGUGAGAGAGUGCGGGGAGACCCUCCGACGGUACUUGUGAAACAUUUGGUGCGUCUUCCAGAACUCUAGCCUUGUGGUCGCGCAGCUGCCAUUUUGCGUGUGGCGCGCAGCCGACGAAUUUGCGAGACAGCAAGAUAUGUGCAACCCCAGAGAAUUCCGCGCGUGGCCUGAUAAGCUGGUUUGCUUGCGGCCGACCUUUUAUUUUUUAUUUUCCACCGAAGUUGUUUUGCCUUCCAACCCUAUGGUUCUUUUCCACCGAAGUCGUUGCAUUUUUGCCGCCCAAGUGCUUUGCGAUGUGAUGCAAAGCAGCACUACUGUUUGUAGCACAUGCCUUCUACUCUUGUGCUGAGUUGGCGACGAAGUUGGCAGCACUUCGUAGCAUCGUUCAAGCUAGAUGGUCUGCGGCAUAAUUUUGAUGCUGCACAACACAACAGCAGCUGCGGACGCAAGAAGUUGUUCGCGAGUUAUGCGCAGAGGGUGCCAUCCCGCUGGCAAACCAGUGAUCUUUUCAGAACUUCGGUUGCUAUGCACACUGGUGCAGCAGCAUGUGACUACCGUGGCGCAACAGUUUCGAGCAGCGGGCAUAGAGUCUUCGUGAUGAACGCAGUUAUUUUUCUCGUCAUGAUGUACCCAAACGUAUGCGCGGGCAGACAUGUCGUGACGUUGUCCCCUAAUUACAUAUGAUUUUCGUCACCUUUCAUAUAUUCGUUCGCGUGUGGUGCCACUCUGCCGCGUGUUUUCGUUGAGUCUCAGCAAGAGGUCGGCGUCCGGGAGGAUAAGCGGCGGCGGGAAUGCAACGCGCUCCCGCCAAUGGAGGCCAAGUGGGCCUGGCAGCCGCCGUGGACCCCACCACGGCCGAGCGUCUUGAGCAUGUUGGUACGUUGCUCGCCCAAAAGAAGCCUU